GUCUCUGUUUAAACACUAUCCUUGACUCCAAACACUCUCCGAUCUCAGCAAUGGCCAAGCCUCACGGUCGUCGCCGUCCUUCCGGCCGAACAAAUCUAGCUUCUUGCGCCGUCGCCACCGUCUUCUUGCUCAUCUUACUCGUCGUCCUUCUUGUUGUUUACUUCACAGUCUUCAAACCAAAAGACCCCAAGAUCUCCGUUAACGCCGUCCAACUUCCGUCAUUCGCCGUCUCCAACAACACAGCUAACUUCACCUUCUCUCAGUACGUCGCCGUUAGAAACCCUAACCGUGCCGUUUUCUCUCAUUAUGACAGCUCUAUUCAGCUUCUUUAUUCGGGUAAUCAAGUCGGGUUUAUGUUCAUACCCGCCGGUAAAAUUGAUUCCGGUCGGAUUCAAUACAUGGCCGCCACUUUCACCGUUCAAUCCUUCCCUAUUUCUCCUCCUUCCUCCUCCGCCAUCUCCACCGUCUCCGCCGCCGUUGUUCCAGACUCUCCGGUAAUACCCGGUCCACCGGAUUUUACAGUAACUCCAAGAAACCCAGAUUCGCCGUAUUUCCCAGGAUAUCCAGAAUCGCCGGAUUUACCGGGAAAUCCAAGUUCACCGGAUUUUCCUGGGAAUCCGGGUCCUCCGAGUUUUCCGAGGAAUCCAGGCUCGCCGGAGUUUCCAGGGAACCCAGGAGCUCCGGUUUUACCGAGAAAUCCAGGUUCGCCGGAAUUUCCAGUGAAUCCUCCGAGAUAUCCAGGUGCUCCGGCGUUUCCGAGAAACCCAAAUCCACCGGUUUUUCCAGGGAAUCCCGGGUCGGGUAACCCGCGAAACAUGGGUCCACCGGGUUUUCCAGGUAUCGGAGCUCCGCCGGGAUUUCCGGGUACGCCGGUGGGAUUCGGCGGGGGAGGGACGGGGCCAACAUUAGGAGAUGGAUAUGCGAAUCCGGGUUUCGGGUAUGGGAAUCGGGUCGGACCAACAAUGGAGAUAGAGUCGAAGAUGGAGUUAGCGGGUCGGGUCAAAGUGUUGCACGUGUUCACACAUCACGUGGUUGCUAAAUCGGAUUGUCGGGUCACCGUCUCUAUUGCCGAUGGUUCCGUCUUGGGUUUCCAUUGCUAAUUUCAUUUCCCUACUAUAAUUAUUAUUUUCUCCAUUUUUGAUGUUUUAUUUAGUUUUUGCCCCUUUUUCACUAAUUUUUGCUGCUCAUGUUUAACUUUGAGGAAAUUAAUUAGAAACUGUAUAAAUUAUUUAUUUUUCU